AUGCGAGCCGGUAAGCUACCGCACUUCGAGCGUGCUCUGCUUCUGCUGACGGUCCAGAUCCCCAUGAACUGCCGAGAAAUGACCCAGUUCAUCCUCACGGCAGCGUGGGAAAACUGGACUCAUGACCACCAGUUCACCCGCGGCCGGAUUCAAGAAAUGGCAAGAGUUUUGGACGAGAGAUACCGCAGAGAGCAACCGGCAAAUGGGGGCGCUCCGCAGCAUGCUCUCAACAGUGUACUCACCCAGCUGGUCGAAGCCACCAGAAGAGUUGCCGAAGUCAACGCCCACGCGGCCAACAUCGCCCUUCCCCCCUGGUCAAAUGAUGCCUCCCUGAGGUUCCCCGACGAACUCAUGAUCCCUGACUCCUACGUCAGACUCGCCAUCGACGAUGAUGGGACUCAGCACGUGGGCAUCUUCCAGCUUUCACCCUACAGUCCGUGCGCGGAUGACCGCAUGAUCUCAGACUACGAAGGUAGUCUUCUUGUUGCUCACCCCAUCACCCAACAAGAGCCUGUCAUCCAAGGAGCGCCCGUCACCCAAGAAGAGCCGGACACCGACGAAGACACUGUCUUCGACGAAGGGCCAGUCAUCUACGAAGAGCCUGUCACCGACGAAGAGUCUGUCACCUACCAAGGGCCAGUCAUCUUGCAAGAGUCUGUCACCGAUGAAGAGUCUGUCAUCUACCAAGGGCCACCCAUCCUCGAAGAGUCUUUCACCGACGAAGAGACGGUCAUCUACGAAGAGCCAGUCACCGACUCAGACCCAGUCAUGGACGUAGAGUCUGACACCGACGAAGAGCCAGUCACCCACGAAGAGCCAGUCGUCAACGAAGAGCCUCAUGUGGAAUGCACUUGUGGCAUGUGUUACAUCAGCGAAGAGUCUGACACCGACCAAGAGUCUGUCAUCAACGAAGGGCCAGUCACCCAAGAAGAGCCAGUCACCGAUGAAGAGCCUCGUGUGGAAUGCACUUGUAACAUGUGUUACAUCAGCGAAGAGUCUGACACCGACGAAGAGCCUCAGGCCAAGCGUAGGCGAGUCAAAGUGACUGUGGUGUGGGACAAUGAAGAAGGACAGGGACCAGGAUGGCAUGAGGAAUCAGGAUGGUCUUUCUGA